AGAGGGUAAAGUGAGAUGACUGAAGAAGGUUAGGUGCGAAUGAUGGUUUUGAAUUCUGUACGCAAGUGAUUUGAGUGGACACAAUUCACAAAGGCAAGCUUUGGCAUUGAGACUUAAUUCGACCUGGCCAAAACAGCAAAUAAUUCAUUUUCUCACAUUAUUUGGGUGGGAUGAUGUCUAGCAGAUAGAUAAGGUCUUAAAUCAUCCGAUCCCAACAAAGAGCUAGGCUGCAAGGAGAUCAAGCACUCACUUCAUCACAGUUCCAGCUUCAAUUCCCAGUGCACAGCUUUCGACUACGUAUCUCGAAGUCAGAAGCAGUUGCAGGAUGACAGAGAGCAAUGUGAACGAGCACUACUUGAUCGAAAUUAAAGAAGAGGAAGCGAGUGUGAUAGCAGAAAACAAUGUGAAAAACCAAACUUCGAGUGGAAAUCAAAAUGAGGAGAGUGUCAACAUAGCAUCCUCCAUUAGAAGAAAGCUACCUAGCAAAGCACCAUCACCACCUAGUACUUGCAUAUACAGAGUCCCUGAUGCACUAAAGAAGCUUCACGAAAAUGAUUUUGUUCCUAGUUUAGUUUCAAUUGGACCAUUUCACCAUGGCACAAAGAAUCUGCAAGCCAUGGAAGAAUUUAAGCUUUGGUACUUGCACCAGCUGCUUGAUCGAAAACCCAAUCUUGAGACCAAAUUGGAGCACAUUGUUGAAAAAAUCAGAAGCAUGGAAGACUAUUGUCGUGAAUGCUAUAACGAAAAACUUGAUCAUCUGAGCAGUGAAGCAUUUGUAGAAAUGAUGGUGGUUGACGGCUGCUUUAUUCUUGAAUACUACCGCAAAAGAAAAGGAGAAGUGCCUGCAGACGCUGAUGAUCCACUGUUCAAUAUUAGUUUAGCAAUGUCACCAACACUUACAAGUGACUUGGUUAUGCUAGAAAACCAGCUGCCUUGGAGAGUUCUUGACUGUUUAUUCCAACUCACAAAAGUACCUAAUGGAAUGUACAAGUCACUAUCUGAGCUUACUCGCAGUUGUCUCCCGAUUCGGGGGUCCAUGUCUGAUGAUCAUCUAGAGCAGACAUUGGAAAGCAGACAUUUACUUGACAAUGUCAGGAUCCUUUCUGCUGAAUUAGACAAGAAAGAGGAGAUUAUGCCAUUUUGGGACUCUAUGCCCUCUGCAUCGCAACUUCAGCAAAUUGGAGUCAUAUUUCAACCCAACAGAAAUAACAUCAACAUAAACAUAACCUUCCUCGAGGGAGUGAUGGAGAUUGCACCAAUAACCAUCCAGGGUGAUAAUCCUGUCUUUAGAAACCUCAUCGCCUUGGAACAGUGUGAAUCAGGGCCCCAUAAGUAUCAAAUUAGCACAUAUGCCAGGGCAUUGGGUGACCUUAUUAAAUCUAGUAAAGAUGUGGAGUUUCUCAUGGAGAAAGAGAUUAUUCAUACCAGUUUAAACAAGGAAGACAUAGCCGAUUUCUUCAACAACAUUUGCAAUGGUUUUGCAACUUCCUCCUGUUGCAAGUCUUGUUGGCAAGUUUCCUUGACAGUGAGACAGUAUUAUAAACAACAUUGGCUACAAAGAUUGAUAGUAUACAUCAAACAUAACUACUUGUACAAUCCCUCAUCAAUAUGGUCAGUUUCUAAUGCAAUUGUCCUUAUUAUAGUUCUUACGGUCCUGCAAACCAUAUAUUCGGUCCUCUCUUACUACAAGUCAUAGCCCUUCCGGUGAGCAUAUCUGGUUUUCUCAAUGUUUUUCUUGCAAGGUUCAGAAAAUUGUUGUUAUGCAUGUUCUCUGUAAAUGAUAACUACGAACUUCACAAUUUAUGCUGUAAUAUCAUUUUUUCUGUUGUUGUUGAAAUAAACUUAGGCCGUAAGUGUGUGCAUGGCCUGGAAUUUGAGUGAUAGUAAUUUCAUUUAUUAAUGGAGUAUGCAGUAUACCUUGU